AUGCGGACUCACCUCUACACCACCUUCGUGGAUCUGAGGAAUGUCUUCGACACGAUGAAUCGCAAAGGACCGCGGAGAAUCAUAAAGAAGUUCGGCGGUCUCGAAGGAUUCAUGCAUAUCUUACGUCAGCUUAACGCCGCAAUAAUGACGCGAGUCACGGACAACGGCGUAGUCUCCGAGGCAUUCGGAAUAAACAAUGAAGUGAAGCAAGUCUGCGUACUCGCGCCCAACCUCUUCAUCCUCAUGCUGAUGGACGCCUACCGUGAUGACAAGCCCGGGCUCCGCAUCAACUACAGGACCGAUGGGCAGCUCCUCAGCAUCCGGCGAAUGCAGGCUCUGACGCGGCUCCUCACAACUACUAUCCCCCACCUGCUCCUCUCUGACGACUGCGCAUUUAACAAUACGACCGAAGUGGGCAUGCAACGGAGCAUGGAUCUCUUCGCCUCCGGUUGCGUCCACUUGGGUCCGACCAUGAAUACGAACAAGACGGGGAUCACGCAUCAACAGCCGUCGACAGCUGAAUACAGUAUCCCUUGCAUCCGUGUCAACGGUAGCGAAUUGAAGCUUCAACAACCUGAACAGCAAAAUUUCUCGCUGUAUCAGAAUCAAGGACGAAGUGGCCUACCAGAUCUCCAAAGCCAGCCAAGGCUUCGGCCGUCUACAGAACUCCGUGUGGACUCGUCACAACCUCCAACUGAACAUCAAACCGAAGAUGUACAAGGCCGUCGUCCUGACGACGGAGCGGUUACCAGGAUCGUCGACGCCAGCUAUGUCAAGAAGCUUAAUAAAUUGCAUCUCAGAUGGCAAGACAGGAUCCCCAACAUGGAAGUCCUGGAUCGGACCGGAAUCCUCGGCAUCCACGCCUUACUGAGGCAACUACAGAAAGUGGGCUGA